AUGGUUAUUUUUUUAAUGCCUUGGCGCGUCGCCGCCACGAUAUUAUCCUGUAUAUCCGUGGUGGGGGCGAUUGAAUUUCCAGCAACUCUAGACGUAGAUAUCAUAUAUCCGCGCAAUGGCACGUUUGCACCUACCGUACUGACACCCAUCAUCUUCGCGAUUCGGAACCCGCAGCUUGCCGAGCCCCUUGUUCUAAACUUUCAAUGGGAUAUUUAUAAAGGAGAAAGUCCCCUAAGCGAUGGUCCAUUUUCUUUUGGGAGUAAAGAUUUACAAUGGGUCGAUUUUUCUAACAUCAGCGACCCUUACUUCGUAUAUACGUCCACUAAUAAGCUCAACUUCGAGGAUUCUUGGUGGAUACGAUGGUCGGUGGCUUGGGGGAACUGCUCUGAGUCUCCUGGCACAAUAGAUCCCGUUAAAACCAGCUUUAGCUAUCGAAACAAUGUUGUCGAAUUUACUACUAAGAACGGCACGAGACCGCUCGACCUCUCCAGCGUUAAUACAGCUGACGAUGAUACUUGCGGCAAUGUCACUGACACACGCGUCACCUUUAAUGUGACGGGGGUUUUGGAUACUUCUUUUCCAUCCAGAUACGGUGGCCGAGAGACGUGCGCCGUUCUUGCGUCGUCGUCUAAUUCGACGGCCCCACCUCCCACAAGGACUUGCGGGGCCGAGGUAGGUGCUUCGGCCGCGUCUAGUAUCUUGGCCGCUAUCACUUCCCAGGCAUGUGCCGGUUUUGCUACCAAUCCGAAUGUGGCCUGCCCGACUGAGAGUCCGAGUAGCGCUGCAAGAGGCAAAGGGGCACAAUUUCUAGCCGGAUCGACGACUUGGUUGAAGACAUUAACGUUUGCGCGCAUCAUGUAUAAUUUCGUCUUAUGA